AUGUUAACUGCAGCCAUUGAUUGUGUUAGAUUUUUGUUACGUCCGGGAUUAUCAUUUCGUGGGCAUGAUGAGUCUUCCAAUUCAGAGAAUCGAGUAAAUUAUUUAGAGCUAUUUGACUUUCUAGCUGAUCAUAAUGAGAAAAUUAAGACAGUAACAUCUGCAUAUGCCAACUCAAAUCUGAAGUUAAAUUCACCAAAAGUUCAGAAAGAAAUAUGUGUUGAUGCAUCAGCUCAAACUUUAACAUAUAUCAUGAAAGAUAUUGACAACUCGUACUUCUCACUUAUAGUUGAUGAAUCCCGUGAUGUUUCUACGAAAGAACAAGUUGCUAUUUCUAUGAGAUAUGUAGAUAGGUUGGACCAAGUGAUUGAAAGAUUUAUAGGCAUCAAACAUGUCACAUCCACUAAUGCAGUUACACUGAAGGCAGCCAUUGAAGACAUUCUAGCCAAACACUCGUUGAGCAUACAAAGGAUGCGUGGUCAAGGUUACGAUGGGGCAUCCAAUAUGCGAGGAGAAUUUCAUGGUUUAAAGGCCCUAAUUCUGAAAGAUAAUCCUCAAGCAUUUUAUGUUCACUGUUUCGCUCAUCAACUCCAAUUAUGUUUGGUGGCAGUGACAAAGAAUCAUUGGCAAGUUAAACAUCUUUUUGAGUUCAGUUAUAGAAUUAUUAAUACUAUUGGGGCUUCUUGUAAGAGAUCGGAUGCUAUUAAAUGUAUUCAGCAUGAUAAAAUACUUCUUUAUCUUAAAAAUGGCAAUCUCAUAAGUGGCAAAGGUUUGAAUCAAGAGAUAAAUUUGCAGAAAUCUAGUGAUACUCGUUGGAGUUCACAUUUUCACUCUUUGAUUAGUCUUAUGCGUAUGUAUGCUUCUGUGAUCGAGGUGCUAGAGAUUAUUAAAGAAGAAGUGGUUCAUGAUCAACAAUCGGUUGAAGCGGAUGUUCUGAUUGAUAUAAUGGAGUAUUUUGAUUUUAUUUUUAUAAUGCAUCUGAUGAUUGAUAUAUUGGGUAUUACGAAUGAGUUAUCACAAUCAUUGCAGAGGAAAGAUCAAGACAUUGAAAAUAAAAUGAAAUUGGUUCAAAUUUCUAAACAACGACUGCAACUACUAAGGGAGAAUGGAUGGAAUGCUUUACUAGAUGAAGUGUCACAUUUUUGUGGUGUUUUUGAAGUUGUUAUUCCAAAUAUGAAUGAAAUAUACAAAACUCAUCGUCGAUCAGUGAAAAGAGGUGAAGAUAAAACAAAUUUACAUCAUUAUCGUGUUGAUCUAUUUUAUACUGUAGUUGACAUGCAACUUCAAGAGCUAAAUAAUCGCUUUUCUGAAUCAAGUACUGAGUUACUUCUUUAUGUGUCAUGCUUAAACCCAAGCGAUUCAUUUCAUGCUUACGAUGAGAGGAAAUUGAUAUGUCUAGCAGAGCUAUAUCCAAGUGAUUUUUCUAUAAUUGAGAUUGUUGCUCUUAAAAGUCAAUUAUCAACGUACAUUAUUGAUAUGCAGACUAUUGAAGAGUUCUCCUCUCUAAGAAGCAUUGAUGAUCUUGCAAAGCAGAUUGUUAAGUUCAAGAAGAAUGACGUGUAUCCUCUAGUUUACAGACUUAUUAUUUUAGCAUUAACUUUACCAGUUGCUACUGCUACAGUGGAGAGAGCAUUUUCAGCCAUGAAAAUUAUCAAAUAUCGAUUGCAUAGUAGGAUGGGUGAUGAUUGGUUGAACGAUUGCCUUGUGCCUUACAUUGAAAAAGAUGUGUUUGAUAUGAUUCUCAAUAAAGAUAAUGUCAACACCAUUAAGUAUGAGAAUAGUAUUGAGCAUGUAAAUACUGAGACAAGAAGACUUGAUGAUGAUCUUCACUCUUAUGUUGGUUGUCAUCCUGCGAAUGAGAAUAAUACAUAUAAUGAUAAUAUUGAGAUUGAUGAAGAGGUUGAAAGACUUCGUUCCUUCGCGUACGAGUGGAUUCUUCCGCUCCGCUCUUCAUUGCUGUUCGACUUUGCUGCAACGAGUCGUGUCUUCGGCUCCUUCGACGAUGUUUCCUUCCUUUCAGAUCGGCAGUCACGACAUUUCGAAAAUGUUCCUGUUGGAGCGAUAGUAAUGACGGGAGCUCGCUCGCUGUCAAGACAACCUUUAGAGGCUAUGUUCACAUCUACACAGUGGUUGAGUUGUGCUUGGGCGAAGAAGGCUGAGGGAAAAGAGAUUAGAAAGAUUGUUUUAAAUGACAGAUUUUGGCAAAGUGUCUUAUAUGCCGUUACAACCACUAGACCUUUAGUUCAUGUUUUAAGGAUGGUGGAUGCUGAGAAGAAGCCUGCAAUGGGUUUCAUCUACAAUGCCAUGGAUGAAGCCAAAUAG